UUCUCAUCGCACAGCCGCCUCCUCUUUGGAGCUUUUGAUUUGCCUGAAUUCAGAGGAUCCUUAACAGAUGAUUGUCAGUUUAGAUUAUCUCCCCAGCAGACUGCAACGGGAAAUACAGAGGAAAACGAGAAACUGAGAUGGAGUGUGUGUGAGCUGCUGAAGACAGAAAGAGAGAGCGAGAGAGACUCAAACGGCUGCGAGAGUUUGCAACUUCAUUGAGCUUCAUCACUGUAUGCAGCACUUCACGAGAAGCAGGACGGAGCGCAACUCAGCAUCAGUACCGACCCGAAAAAGAGAGAGCGUUCUGGACACUACUGUGGACAAGCGGACGGACCAAACUACCACAUUUAUAGCUGUUAAAAUUUUAUAUGAGAUGUGCUAUAUUCAAAAGCUGGCAGUCGUACCAACUUGAGAGGAACGAGGAAGACGUAGAUCGGAAAGAAGAUACAGAUAACGCUGUCUGGCUGGAAAAAGUUCAGAAUUAUGGAGAAUAAUUCCUAAACAACUGAUUACAAAGUAUCCUGACGAUUUUAGAGAAGGAAAAAUCUCCCAGGACGUUUUAUUUAUCCAAGCCGUGAUAUAGUUCGUAGGUGAAUAACCAGCAUCUGAGGUGAAUUACCAGCAAAGCUGCAGCCUGCCACUCAGUCGUAUUGACUGAGCAAUAGAUUCCAGACAAAUACUUUCGGGAAGAACACCGGUGAAAGAAGACGAGAAAAUGUUUACGUGUUGCCUUGUUCUUUGCGUUAUGGGAACCGCAGUUUCCCAGGCGGCCUACUUCUCCCAGCAGCCCCAGGACCAGGUUGUGGUGUCCGGUCAGUCAGUGACUCUGCCGUGUGUCAUUGUGGGGUACCGGGGAAUGGUGCAGUGGACCAAAGACGGCCUGGCGUUGGGCGGGGAGAGAGACCUGCCAGGAUGGACGCGCUACUCCUUAAUGGGUGACCCACUAUCAGGCGAACACAGCUUGCUGAUUGAUUCGGCAGAGCUGGCGGAUGACGCCGUGUACGAGUGUCAAGCUACACAGGCGGGGCUGCGCUCCCACCGCGCCAAGCUCACUGUGCUAGUGCCCCCAACAGACCCUGUAGUGGAUGGGGGUCCUGUCAUCCGUGUGAAGGCCCACACGCCCUACAACCUCACCUGCCGCGCCUCGGGGGCCAAGCCUGCUGCCGAGAUCACCUGGUACAGGGACGGAGAGGUCAUGGAGACAGCCAUAUACUCCAAGGUUCGGAUGGAGGACGGGAAGAGGGAGCUGGCUGUCAGCAUGCUGCCCGUGAUACCGGAGGACAAGGACUCCGGACGGACCUACACCUGCCGCGUCCUCAACCCCGCCGCCCCUGCCGGACGACAGACCUCCGUGACCAUCAACGUCCAGCAUCCUCCGUCUGUCACGCUGUCCGUCCAGCCCCAGACUGUCAUGGAGGGAGCAAAGGUCCUGUUCAUCUGCUCAGCCUCUGCCAACCCUGAGAUCACAGGUUACAGGUGGUCCAAGGGCGGGGUGCCCAUCUCGGAGGCAAAUGGGGACAGCCUGGAGGUCACGGUGGACCACUCCUACUUCACAGAUCCCGUCUCGUGUGAAGUGUCCAACUCAGUGGGCAGCACCAACGUCAGCACUCUGGUAGACGUGCAAUUCGGUCCCAGGCUGCUGUCAGAGCCCAUGCCCAUGAAGGUAGACAUUGGAAUGGACGCUGCCUUCACCUGCACCUGGACGGGCAACCCCCCUCUGACCCUGGCCUGGACCAAGCAGGGCUCUAGCGUGGUGCUAAGCAAUGGUAACACCCUGCAGCUGAAGGCUGUCACCCAGGAGGACGCUGGGACGUAUACCUGCAAGGCCAUCGUCCCUCGCAUUGGGGUGGCCGAGCGGGACGUCACCCUCACUGUCAACGGCCCUCCGAUCACCACAGCAGACGCCACGCAGCACGCUGUCAAGCACUCCAAGGGCAAGCUGGAGUGCCUGGUGGGAAGCAGCCCCCCGCCUGACAAGAUUGUGUGGACGUUUGGAGACAUCACCCUGUCUUCAGGAUCCUCCGGUCGUUUCUCGGUCCAGACUGUGACCAGCGACCAUGGCGUUCUGUCCUCCCUGGUGCUGUCUGAGACACUGGCCCAGGACUUCCAGCUACGCUACAACUGCACAGCAUGGAACCGUUUUGGAACAGGCACGGCACUGAUCACCCUCAAGGAGCAAGAGGCCCUGCCCAUGCUGAUCAUCGUCGGGGCGUCGGUGGGCGGAGGGUGUGUCCUGCUCAUCUGUGUAAUCACGCUGGUGUCCCUCUGCUGCAGACACACCGGUAAAGGUGAGGUCCAAGGUAAGAAGUGCACACGCCUCUCCAAGAGUGACAUCAGAGUUCAAAUCGUGCACAGCGACCACAACGCUACCCGGGGCAAUGAUGACGAGGAGGAUGUCAAGGAGCCCAUGGUAAAUGCCUCCGUUCAAUCCCUUUCAGGACUGUUGUUUCCUUCCCAGGCCCCCAACAGCAGUGAGUCCCCUGGGACAUCCCGGACAGAACACAGCGACCUGCUGGAAGAGGAGGAGGACGAGAGGUCCGACAUCAAGGACCCCACCAACGGCUACUACAACGUGCGCGCCCACGAGGACCGAGUCGUCCGCAGCGGUUUCUCUGAGUACGUGCCCAACUCCCGGCCCGUCUACACCCCGUCGCAGCUUCCGUCCCCCAGCCCGCUGUAUGGCCAGCACACGGUGGCCGCCGCCACGCAGCCCCGCGUCUACGACUUCUCCCACCGCUACGCCACCACCACCGGGGCCCGGUCCACCUACGAGCAGCAGCAGGCGGCGGCCCAGCAGGCAGCGGCGGCCGCCCAGCCCGGCGCCGUCUACCCCACCGACCCCCUCUACAGCGGCUCCGCCUACCUGCCCACCGCGGCCACCUACGGCCGGGCCUUCACCAGCUACGUCAAGCCUGCCUCCUACGAGAAGGUAGACGCUUACGACCAGUCGGACCAAGCCAGCAAGGUGUCCAGCUCGUCCCGUUUCUCCUACGCGUCAUCGCAGGUCUCUUCCCAACAGUCCGACUAUGGACGACCAUCACAGCGCAUGCAGACUCACGUCUGACUGGACAGCGGGACGCGGGGGGGAUGGAGUGCGGAGGACUGUUGAGGAGAAGCAUUGGUCACCUGUACACAAGGUGCGACCCGACUAACAUGAUGAGGUCUGACUGGUUGGCCCUCCUCCUGGACAUGUUUUGGGAGAAGAUUGACAUGACAGGAAUGGCCUUCCUUAUUUAUUAUUCAGUUGUCGUUCUGGGACUCAGUGGUCCCGACGGAGUCCCGACGGAGUCAACGAUUGUGAUGUGCCACUCACAUUCCCUAUCACACAACUAACUACUAUUUGUGGUACUUGACCGUCAGACCCGAUCCUAUCGUUCAUUCACGGCACUGGUUUUGUUUUACCAGUUAAGGGACGGUGGAAGGCGAAAUGGAAAUCCCCAGACAGAACCAGGCCAUGGCCUAAACUACCUGGACCCUGAGCGUAGCGGACAUUUUUCAAAAAGAACAGAAUGCUAAGAUAAACAAAAUAUGAACAUGACAGACUGUGAACGCAAAAUAAAAAGACAAAAGAAAUUAAAGAAGUCAUACAUUUGUCAUCAUUUGGUGUUUGUUGGCAUGAAAAAGGAAUCUAAGCACAUUAGUGUAUCUCCAUUCAUUGAAAGAAGCCCGAGGUCCACAAUGGCAGUCAUAAAACCUUCUGCACAGCAGGCCAGAGCAGCCGAGGGAUGUUGGAGGGUGCUCCAUGGAUUGUCUAAUCAGUGAAAAAAUCCUAUUGGCUGAAGCUUUGAAGAAAGUAUUUCCUAAUAAUGACUUGAUGGACCAGUCGGUGUUGGUUACUGGGUAGUAAAAGCAGGAGUUAUGAGAAUUUGUAUUCAGCCUGUCUUUGUUCUACCCUGGUGGUAGAACCCAACGAUGGUGAACCCAACUAUACUGCAUAGUUGUUUAUUAAAAGAAAUAGGGAACUCGAGAUUAAUUCCAAUAUGAAUCUGAGAAUGUGGAUUGUGAAUUGUUGGCUAUCUUUAAAGUUGAAUGAACUUGAGGUACCAUGUUAAAUUUAAACAGGCUAAGAUGGUCUGUGUGAAACUGUCCCUCUUCACACACUCCUGCUGUUGCGACACAAUCAAGUAGCUUAAAUAUGUUUACAGAAACACAAUACUACCCUGAAAUACCGGCUAGAUCAACUGUACAAAAGGGUGAAGAAGCACCAUUCUUCUGUGUUGCAUGCAGAUGACGUGUCUAGUGAAACUCUUCAGCAUUUGUUUUCCAUGUCCAUUCUACUUGUUUGAGAGAUUGCUUACUGCACCUGGCUCAGUUGCAUUCCGGUUCCGGUCCAUAACAGGACCCUGUACUGCCAUUUUGUCUCGAGCUGCGCAAAUGGUCAGUUGGCCUGAUUGGAGAAAAACGUCAACUAAGUGAUACAAAUAAAAAAGAUCAUUGCUUGUCUUUAUUUUUAUAUUUUAUAUAAGCCUUAAUGUACAGCUUGUAAGCUGCUCUAUUGUAAAGUAUCUUUAUAUUAUAUAUAAAUCUAUAUCUUCAUUGAUUUUAUUUGGGUUACAAUUUCUUUUUUUACCCUGUUCAUUAAUCACUGAAUGCAGAAAAACUAACUAUGCUUUUUUGGAACACAACUAAUUGCCAUUUGUUUAUUUUCUUAAUGUAUUAAUAAUUUUAUUUGCUAAAAAGGAGCCAUUGUUGCUUGUAACUUUGUACACAUAUUUAUAUUUAAAUAAAGCCAUUUCAGAUAAA